AAUUAACACAACUCCUCGCGCCACGCCACGCAUCAUCACUCACUUGCUACACACGACAAUUCCCACUACAAACAAUCAUGGAUGACCUUUAUGAUGAAUUCGGUAACUUCAUUGGCGAGGCGGUCGACUCCGACGAGGAAGGCUCCCAGGCGGACGAUGCCGGCGUAAAUGCCUAUGUCGAUAUGGAUGAUGAAGAACCUACGGGCGACGCCAAUGACCAGCAGCUGAUGGAGCUUGACGAUGAGGGCCCUUCGAAUGCGGUGAUACUUCACGAAGACAAACAGUAUUAUCCAACCGCAGAGCAAGUCUAUGGAAAGGAUGUGGAGGCUAUGGUAGAAGAAGAGGAUGCUCAACCUCUAUCGGAACCUAUAAUAGCGCCUAUCAAGGUGAAAAAGUUCAAUGUCGAGGAGGUGGAUCUACCAAAAACGCAUUUCUCCAGAGAUUUCAUGAUGGACCUGAUGAGCUUUCCCGACCAAAUACGAAACGUCGCGCUCGUCGGACAUUUGCACCACGGAAAAACUACGAUCAUGGACAUGCUGGUUUUGGAAACCCAUGAGCUGGAGAAGACGGCUGGCAACAAGGGAUCCCAGUUGCGAUACACAGAUACCCACAUUCUGGAGAGAGCCCGUGGUAUAUCGAUCAAGGCUGCUCCCAUGUCACUCGUCCUGCAGUCGUCAAAGUCAAAAUCGCACCUCAUCAAUAUCAUCGACACACCAGGCCACGUCAAUUUCGUCGAUGAGGUAGCGUCAUCGAUACGGCUCGCCGACGGAAUCGUGCUGGUGGUGGAUGUUGUUGAGGGUGUCAUGGUCAACACGGAGCAGAUCAUCAAGUACGCCGUAGCAGAGAAUAUCCCCAUGACGCUAGUUCUCAAUAAAGUUGAUCGACUUAUCCUAGAAUUGAAGCUUCCUCCCAAAGACGCUUACUUCAAGCUCAAACACACUGUGGAGGAGGUGAACACCGUCAUCGACAGUGCAGCACCGGGCCGGAGUGAGAGCCUGCGAUUGUCUCCCGAGAAGGGCAAUGUCUGCUUUGCGAGCGCACAGAUGGGAUGGUGCUUCACCCUUACUACCUUUGCGAAGAUGUAUGCCGACACGUUUCCUGGUGUUAACUCUUCGGAGUUCGGGCGCCGGCUCUGGGGUGAUAUCUUCUACACCCCUACAACUAGAAAAUUCACCAGACGGGCCGUGGACUCAAAUUCGACCCGGUCGUUUGUACACUUCAUCUUGGAGCCAUUGUACAAACUCUACGCUCAUACCAUUGGAGAAAGCCCGGACAAGCUCAAGAAGACGCUUGCCAAUCUGGGCAUAACCUUGAAGCCCUCCAUAUACAAGGCUGAUGCGAAGAUUCUCCUUAAACAGGUGUGUGAACAAUUCUUUGGAACCGCAACUGGUUUCGUGGACAUGGUCGUGGACCACAUCCCGUCUCCGGUGGAAGGUGCCAAAACGAAGAUCGAACACACAUAUACUGGACCUCUCGACACCGAUCUGGCAAAGGCAAUGCUCGAGUGUGACGCAGAUGGUCCACUUGUGAUCCAAGUCUCCAAGCUCUUCCACACCAGCGAUGCCAAAGAUUUCUACAGUUUCGGUCGGGUUAUGAGUGGUACCGUUAGCCCUGGUCUUCAGGUUCGAGUGCUGGGUGAAGGUUACACCCUCGACGAUGAGGAAGACAUGGCUGUUGCUACGGUCUCCGACUGCUGGGUCAACAAUACCCGGUACAGAAUAUCUACUAGUGGAGUCCCGGCAGGUUCAUGGGUCCUUUUGGGUGGCAUCGACAAAUCCAUUGUCAAAUCCGCUACCGUCGUGGCUCUCAAGACAGAUGAUGAUGCGUACAUCUUCCGGCCAGUUAAGCACUUUACGGAAUCCGUUUUCAAAGUUGCUGUCGAGCCCGUCAACCCAUCAGAAUUGCCGAAGAUGCUUGACGGAUUGCGCCGUAUCAACAAGAGCUACCCUCUGGUCAUCACAAAGGUUGAGGAAUCCGGUGAGCAUGUUAUCCUCGGAACAGGCGAGAUGUACAUGGACUGUGUCCUCCAUGACCUGCGCCGGCUCUUCUCCGAGAUGGAGCUCAAGGUCUCGGAUCCCGUCACCCGUUUCUGCGAGACUGUCGUGGAGACGUCCGCCAUCAAGUGCUACGCCUUGACGCCCAACAAAAAGAACAAGAUCACCAUGGUCGCAGAACCUCUCGACUCGGGCAUCGCAGAGGAUAUCGAGAGUGGAAAGGUCUCUAUCAAAUGGCCAGUGCGGAAGGUGGGCAAGUUCUUUGAGGAGAAUUACGGCUGGGAUCUGCUGGCGUCGAGAAGUAUCUGGGCGUUUGGACCCGACGAUACUGGUCCCAAUAUCCUUCAAGAUGAUACUUUGCCGAGCGAGGUGGACAAAAAGCUGCUCAACCAGGUACGAGACAGUAUCCGACAAGGAUUCUCGUGGGGAACACGAGAAGGUCCUCUCUGUGAAGAACCCAUUCGAAACACCAAGUUCAAGAUAAUGGAUGCAUCGCUAGCGUCGGAAGCAAUCUACCGCGGUGGUGGGCAGAUUAUCCCUACCGCCCGUCGGGCGUGUUAUUCGUCGUUCUUGAUGGCUUCGCCACGGCUAAUGGAGCCGGUGUAUUCCUGCUCCAUGACGGGUCCUGCUGAUUCGGUCUCGGCGCUGUACACACUGCUCGCGAAGCGGAGAGGCCAUGUUCUCUCGGACUCGCACAUUGCGGGUACACCCCUAUACAACGUUAAAGGCUUGAUCCCCGUGAUUGACUCCUUCGGUUUCGAGACCGACAUCCGGAUCCACACGCAAGGACAAGCUUUCUGCUCGCUGGUAUUUGACCGGUGGAACAUUGUCCCGGGAGAUCCGCUUGACAAGGAGAUCAAGCUGCGUCCGCUGGAGCCUGCGCCCGCACAGGCUAUGGCUAGAGAUUUGGUGCUUAAGACGAGGCGGAGGAAGGGGUUGAACGAGGAGGUCACAAUUGCCAAGUUCUUGGAACCCGAGUUGCAUGCCAUGAUUGAGAGUUCGGGGCUUUUGGAUGGGUAAUCUGUAUAAUACGAGCAUGUAGAUGGGGACGGGGAGGACGGACUUGAAUGUACGAUCACAAUUCGAGGAGAUCGAAGUAAUU